AGGUCCCCGUAUGUCUAUCGCGCCGGAAGAGAAGAAACUCCUUUCCCCAGCCAUCUUGUGGCUUCACCUAGCGAAGUGUUCGCACCAAACCUCGUAGAAUCGGAGGAAAAUCCUGCUGAAGGGGCGCCAUCAUGCCCGGACAAAUGCAAGAAGGCUUCGGCAUCGCCGUGACCAAUCGAUACGACCAGUUAUUGGACGAUGAAUCGGACCCAUUUGAGCUGCUGAGGCAGGCUGAGAAGAAGAAGAAGGAGGCUGCCGCUGCUGCCGUCGCCAAGCCCCCAGCCCCGGUUAGCAAACAGCCCAAAAAGGAGUCCCAGAAGGACCGAAAGACACCGCUGAGCGACAAAAAGGAAGAGACCCAGGCGCCGGUCCCACUUAAGAAAGACGGUGCCGGCAUGAGGAGAAUGGGCCGCAAGCCAGAGGGUGAGGGCUCGAGACCCCAGGGCGGCCAGCAGGGAGAGGGACGUCCCCCCGCAGACAGACGGCCGACGGACAGACGGCCACCCCGCCGCUUCGAGAGGCCGCCCACAGACGCUAGCGAGAAGCCCGAGGGAGGCGAGUUCUCUGUGGAGAAGCCUGUUGGCGACAGGCCGAUGAGGGGCCGCGGGGCCGGCCGGGGGGGCCGCGGAGGCAGAGGGCGCGGCGUGGGUCGCAGCGACGGCUUUGAUUCCAGAGGAAAACGUGAAUUUGACAGACACAGUGGUAGCGACCGAUCUAGUCUGAAAGGUGAAGAAAAGCGAGGCGGGAGUGGAUCUCACAACUGGGGCACCGUCAAAGAUGAACUCAAUGAACUCGACCAGUCAAACGUCACAGAGGAGAACACCGAAGGCGAGGAGCAUCCACCCGCUGACUCUGAAAACAAAAGGGAGAAUGAGGUGGAGGAGGCCAAGGAGGAAGGUCCUAAGGAGAUGACGCUGGAUGAGUGGAAGGCCAUGCAGGACAAGGAGCGCUCCAAGGUGGACUUCAACAUCCGUAAAGCCAACGAGGGAGCCGAUUGGAACAAAGGAUUCGUGCUGCACAAGUCCAAGGCGGAGGGUAAAAAAGAUGAGCUGAUAGACCCCGAGGCUUUUGACUCUAAGAUGGACGAGGAGCAUCACUUCCGUAAGCCGGCCAACGACAUCACGUCCCAGCUGGACAUCAACUUUGGGGAUCUGGGCCGCCCAGGCCGCGGGCGCGGUGGUCCGCGAGGCGGCGGGCGGGGCGGACGCGGCCGUGGCGGCGCCGGUGGUGGUGGCGGCGGCGGCGGUGAGGCGGCCCCCAGGCCGGCACGUGGUGGACGGAGCGAGAAGUCUUCAUCCUCCGUGCCAAACGUGGAUGAUCCAGAGGCCUUCCCCGCCCUGGCUUAAGGCCUCGGCCGCCGGCCCGCAGGAGCCUCCCGAGCACCUCCACUGCUCGGCUUGCAUGUUCCUGCUGGAUCCUUCAGCAAAGUGAUGAAGACUGUCAUCAAAUGUGAGGACUGCGUUUUACCCAAUAAAAAGAAAAAGAAAAAGCAAAGGACUUGUACUGUGGAGCAGCUUUUGUACUUGGAAACUAAAGUAGCAGGGAUGCUUUCAUACAGUAUUUUUUUCAGAGGUCUCAUUGUUUUGUAAUGGCUGCUUUUUUAGCGUGAUGUGUGCCGCCGCCCGACACCGUGGAGCUCCACCCCUUCCUUCUGUUCGCCACUGGAAUGCUGCUUUUCUAUUGGCUAUUCUUCCUGUAAAUCAUCUGCCCUCGUCAUUGUAUUCCACACUCGUGUUCCAAGGCAGGAAGGCUAGGUCAUUUGGGAAGAAUUGAUUAGGAUUUCAGGUGCUACUCCGCAUCCUUCAAAGCCUUUCUCCUGCUAAUCUUGUUUACACACUCCGUUCCGCUCCACUCCACGUCUGGUGGCGUGCCCGCAUCACCACAUGAUGGCUCUGAAAGAAAUCCACUGCUUCAUUGUGCUUCUGCAAAAUGUGUGAAUUCCAGCCCUGCUAUACAGACGCCUCUGUAGGGAAAUAAAGAUGGUCGCUAAA